UUCAACAUGGCGUCGCUCUGUAAGGUGAUGCGCAACAUGAGCGCUAGAUAUACUUUACUACCAAAACCGCGCGUUUUUACCACACUCAAAUCACCAUACAGCUCUGAAGUGAGUGGAUCUACUGGUGAAGAUGCUGGCACGGAUGAUAAAUCAGCCGAGAGGGUGAAGAGCGGGUUUGCAACCGCAUACGAGUUGCAUUCAGACCUCCAGCAGCAGCAGCAGAAGGGCGAUCGGAGCGCAUCGGUACGACUGAGCUCCAGGGACGAGACCUCCUUCAUUUCUCUCUUACGACAUUCCCCACUCAUGCAGAUGGGUCCAGCUAAGGACAAGAUCGUCAUGGGCAAAAUCUUUCAUAUCGUCAAUGAUGACUUGUACAUAGAUUUCGGUGGGAAGUUCAACUGUGUGUGUAAGAGGCCCUCGGUGGACGGAGAGAAGUACCAGAGAGGCAGCAGAGUGAGGUUGAGACUGGAGGAUCUGGAGUUGACCUCACGGUUCCUGGGAGCGACGACAGAUACGACUUUGCUGGAGGCGGAUGCUACGUUACUCGGACUGUUGGAGAGCAGAGACGCCAAGCCGAAAGAGUAACUUGAUUGACAAUGGACACAACUCGGACUGAACUGUGAAAAACUUGUGAAAAUAUAUUAAAUUAAUAACUUCAUCUGAUUGGUUUCUUGGUUAUAAUUAAUACACGAGAUGGCCAAUAAGACUCGUCUUAUCGUGUAUAUCAAAUGUCACAAUUGAUUGAUGAUGGUUUGAUUCUAUGUAAAACUGUGGUUGUUACCUUAUUAGGGUACUAAGAUUACUAUACUUUACCUGUUUACUUGGCUCACUACCAAUAUGCUUUAACUAGAAAACGCAAUAUAAAAUCUAAUGUUUUUCAUUACGAAUACCAUAAUGAAGCAUCAGCAGGUUACCAUUAAACCAUUUUUAAUACAGUGUGUUUUGGGUCUUAUUCCAGUUGUAUUUAAUGGUGUUUUACUGGUUCGCCUUCACCACAUAAAACCUCACCAAUCGUACAAACCCACAGUGAUCAUUAUAUUUGACAUUAAAACCAAUACAACUCCCAUUAACCAUAAAAUGUAUUUGAAUAUUUGUGAUGGUUUCUAUUGUUUUUUAAACAGGGCUGUCACUUGUAUGUUAAUAUUACAUUUAGUGUAAAUAAAUGACCAGAUAACUAAAACGUUCCAAAAUCAUGUUUUUUAUUGCGCAUUCUCGGUUAUUUAAACUGA